CUAGGGAAAAAAAGAUGGGAGGUGGAUUUAGGGUGCUUCAUCUUGUCAGACCGUUUCUGUCAUUUCUUCCUGAAGUUCAGAGUGCUGACAGAAAAAUUCCAUUUCGUGAGAAGGUCAUAUACACUGUGAUUGCUCUUUUUAUUUUCUUGGUAUGCAGUCAACUCCCGUUGUAUGGCAUUCAUUCGACAACCGGUGCGGAUCCUUUCUAUUGGAUGCGUGUUAUUCUUGCUUCGAACCGUGGUACUGUCAUGGAACUUGGUAUCACUCCAAUUGUGACAUCUGGACUAGUGAUGCAACUGCUUGCUGGUUCAAAGAUCAUUGAAGUGGACAACAACGUACGUGAAGAUCGUGCACUAUUGAACGGUGCACAGAAGUUGUUGGGUAUCUUGAUUGCUGUUGGUGAAGCAGUGGCAUAUGUGCUGUCAGGCAUGUAUGGCAGUGUUGGCCAACUUGGAGUUGGAAAUGCCAUUCUUAUCAUCAUUCAGCUUUGUUUUGCUGGGAUCAUUGUGAUCUGUUUGGACGAGCUUCUCCAGAAAGGAUAUGGUCUGGGCUCAGGGAUUUCCCUUUUCAUAGCGACCAAUAUCUGUGAAAAUAUUAUCUGGAAAGCAUUUAGUCCAACCACCAUUAACAGUGGACGAGGUGCUGAAUUUGAAGGAGCUGUCAUUGCUUUAUUCCAUCUGCUGAUAACCCGAACAGACAAAGUUCGUGCUCUCCGUGAGGCAUUUUACCGGCAGAAUCUUCCGAAUGUAACAAAUCUGCUUGCUACAGUCUUGAUCUUUCUCAUUGUCAUCUACUUCCAAGGGUUCCGUGUGGUUUUGCCUGUGAGGUCAAAGAAUGCUCGUGGACAACAGGGUUCAUAUCCAAUCAAGUUGUUCUACACCUCUAACAUGCCCAUUAUUUUGCAGUCUGCUCUUGUAUCUAACCUGUACUUCAUCUCCCAGUUGCUGUACAGGAAAUACAGUGGAAACUUCCUUGUGAAUCUUUUGGGCAAAUGGAAGGAAUCUGAAUAUUCAGGUGGCCAGUUCGUCCCUGUUGGUGGCAUUGCAUAUUAUAUUACUGCACCCUCAAGCUUAGCUGAUAUGGCAGCAAAUCCUUUCCAUGCACUUUUCUAUCUCGUGUUUAUGCUGUCAGCCUGUGCCCUAUUCUCAAAAACUUGGAUUGAAGUAUCUGGAUCAUCUGCCAGAGAUGUGGCCAAGCAGCUCAAGGAACAACAAAUGGUUAUGCCUGGGCAUCGGGAGUCCAACUUACAGAAAGAGUUGAACCGUUACAUACCCACUGCUGCAGCUUUUGGAGGCAUUUGCAUUGGUGCACUUACAGUGUUGGCAGAUUUCAUGGGAGCUAUCGGUUCAGGAACUGGAAUACUACUUGCAGUUACAAUCAUUUAUCAGUACUUUGAGACCUUUGAGAAGGAAAAAGCUAGUGAACUCGGCUUCUUUGGUUUCUAA